CCUCCACAAUGACAGCGGGCAGGCAGGCAGCAACAAACACUUGAUGUUUGUGUCGUUUUUUAUUUUAUUGUGGCUGCACAAAAGAUUGGCAGUUAAAAUUUUGUUAACGACUUAAGGCCAAACGCUUGAGAGCCACCAUUCGAUAAGGUCUACAAAUUGUUUUACUUUUGACAGACGACGACAAAAGGCCCGAGGCGAUCCAGUCCAGUCCAGUCCAGUCCCUGCCUCAAUCCAAUCCAAUCCCUGGCCAGGGCGCUAGAAGGAAUGUCAUAUUGAGUUUCUCGAUUCAUUUCGAUAUCUUGUCAAAUUAUUUGAUUGUCGAGUGGAUAUUUCGGUUCGGUUUCGGAGCCAUGGAUUCGAUAUGCUCUGCGGCAACUAAAUCCAACCAAGAAGUUUCAAUGUCUGUGUCGCAUGAAAAAGGGAAAGGCAGAAAAUAAAUAAAACUAAUGCUUAAAGUUGUUGGUGGUGGUGGCUGGUGGUUGGUCGGAUCGGGUCGGAGCAGAGUGUAAACUUGUUCUGGUCUUAUGAAAUCGGUUCAUAUUGCAUAUGCAACAUGCGAGUGGAGUGUCUAGGGACGGGCAGGAAGUAGAAGUCGGGUCUAAAUGAAUCAUUGGCUUCCUCUAAGCACUCUCAUUGGGGAAAUAUUUGUUGAUCUCCGAGGAAACCGAGUUGGUUAAACAUUCCCUUAACAUUGAAUAUCAUUGAAUACCAUAAAUAUCAUCUAUAUAGACUUAAGUCUUCAAUCUAUUUGGAACCGAUUCAGAUUUAAUUCUUGGCAACUUGCAAAAGAAAUAAGAGUAUUCCCCUAGGAAUCUGUAGAGCUCUUUUUUCAGUAGAGAGUUAGGAGAAUAAUAGGAUAUGGUAGGAAUAGUAUGAAUAAUUGAGAUCAAUUUUCAAGCCACAACUCAUUUCCAUCCCUGGCUCUUAUGAAAAUGUGGCAUAUUUGUUUUGGGCUUGGUCAGCAACAGCCAGCCCCCAUAGAACAAAGGCCUGCCUGCUAUUAGCCAUGGCCAUGGUUAUGGCUCUUGGCCAACACUCAAGCGGCGGCAGCUGGCCAAACCCAACCCCCAACCAAGUGUUACACUUGAAGUGUAUCGUAACUUAUUUGCAUGUAAGAAUGCGAACAAAAAGGAAAAGUGCCACAAUCGCCGCCGCGACGACUGGCCCUGAAAUGAGAGCAGCUUGUAAAAUCAUCACUGGACAGAAAUGUAUUCAUUCUCGUACUCGUAGGAGUACUGUAGGAUUUCCUAUUUCUCACCCUUUAAUGGGAGAUUUUAGUUUUUAAACCCUUUUCUGCAAAAAUUUACCAUCUGAAUACUCAGAGAAUACUCAGAAUAAUGAAAUUCUGAAAUGAUUCGACACAGACUACGGAGACAUCCUUUUUUGUAUGUAUGAGUGGGCAUACACAGUAACACAAAUAUUUUUAGGCAAAAUGCGAAGCAAAGAACCAGCCAAUUUGUGUGGUACUUUUUCAUUUUCUCUACCAGAAAAUCAAGUAGAGAAUGAGCGAGAAAAAACCGAAUCGAUUCGAAUCUGACUCGGUAAAAAUUACGGGAUUCGCUUCAUUCGGUCCGUUUUGGGCAAGCGGUUCGAAGUUAUGAGAAAACGGACCGAACGAGGCGAAUCCCACCGAAUCGUUUCGGUUUCCAGCUCAUGCAGGGCUUUAGUAUGUAUUAUUCUUCCUUAAGAAUAUUGGACCCAAAAUAUAUCAGAAAUUAACAUCUUUCCUAAAAAGUUUUCAACGAAUAAACAAUAGAUUGACCCUAAAUUAGAGCCCUCGUAAGAACAAAGUAUUCAUGAGUAUGUACAUAUAUCCUACCUUUUCAGAUAAUUCCCAUUACGAAUAGCUGCACAAAUGAUUCAUUAGACAACAGGAGACUACACCACUUAAGGGCGGGCGUAUUUCCCAGACACAUUCAUGAGAAAGAUAAGAUCCGAGACCACCUGUCAGCGGCUGCUGCUGCAUCCGUUUCCGCCAUUGGACAGUCGACUGUCGACUAUCGAGGCGGGGAGCUCCAGUUAAGAGGUGCUAAUAUGCAAAGUGGAGCCCCAAUGAGCCCCAAGAGCUGACGUAGUCAUAGACGCGUCUACCUCUACGCCCUCGUUCAAUCAGCUUCCCCUCCCAAUCCAUCCAUCAGUUAUUCAUUCAUAGCCGCCGCAUCAUCGCCCCAUCAAUAUACGCCUGGCUCAUCGCCCCAUCAUGCACUCGGCAUUACAAGCGACAUACCUGAUAAUUCCUCCCCAUCCCCCAACCCUGUAACAACUAACCAAACAUUCAGUUGACUAAGAGAGAACAGCAGAUCAGACUUGGAGCAGAGAGAGAGAGAGAGAGACGUGGACUCUCUUAAGCUUAUGGUACCCAUAAUCAUGUGUGUAACGACGGGCGCUCUACGAGCUCUCGAUGCUCUUCACACAACCAGUUUUAAAAGCCCCCCACUUUAAAAAUACUUUUGCUUUUCAUUGCCUUCGACAAAAAAAUAAAAACAGCGCAGACAUUCAUUUGGUUACUGUGAUUAAUAUGCGUUUUUCGGAAACGAUACGGAAUGUAUAACAAUCAGUCGCCACGAAACGAGACUUCCCAUCCAGGCAUCCCAUCCAGACAUUGACCUAGGUCACAAAUUCAGAUCUUACAAGCAUUCUUAUUAGUGGGAUGCCUCAUGGAGAGAUCCUCCAACCAUCACCGAACGAAGCAAAGUCAUGUUUUUAAGCUUUUAGUUUAAGAAAAACCCGAUACAAAUAAUGAUUGAGUUUCGUCGUCAAGUCCAUAAAUAUUUCAAAUUUGAUAUUCUAAAAACAUUCUAAUAGUUUCAAACAUCCCCUUAAAUCGUAUAAUCUCUGCCAUAACACUAAACAAAUCAAUCGCAAAUACUUUGAACGUUCGCUUUUAUCUCAAAAAUCAUUGAAAAAUAUAUAAUAACUGAUUUGUGUUCUUAGUUCUGCUCGAUUGAAUGUGUAAUUAAGAUAAUUUGUUAUGCUAAAAGUGCAAAAGACUACCAAUUUCAUAGACUUCACUCUAAGAUGAUUUUGACCAACCCAAAAGUAUGAAAAAAUUACUAGAAAUAAGUGUAAAUUGAUUGCGCAAAGAAAUCCAUCUAGGAAUCAUUCUCGAAUCUCAACAAAUCGACGAAUCAUCGUACAAUAAGUAUAAGUAUAUCCCCCAAAGGGCAUUCACAGUUCGUUUAUAUGUGGCUGCAUUAUUUUCCGGUUUUUGUUUUAUUUUUCGUAGCAACAACACGAGAGUGUUUUGCUGAGCAGAGUGUGUGCACGGGGCUCUGGCUCUGGCACUGGCACUCGCAAAAGCCUCUCACUCUUUCAAGAGUCUCGAGCCCCGUAACAGAGAAGCAACUGUUUUAAGUCUUUUCUUGAGAUUUCGAUUUCGAUUUCGAUUUGAGUCUGGCGUUGGGGCUGGUGCUGAAACAUUUUUCCUCCCAUUAAGUUAAGUUUUUUAAGGCGCACGGCGAGAACGGCUCAGUCUCGAUUGUCAGCUUGUCGUGAAUGGUUUUUUUAGCACCAGAUCCGCGGCGUACGAGUGCGAGUACGAGUACCGAUCGAUCCGUUGAUCUUCCGACCACGUAGUCCGAGCCAAAGUCGAAAGCUAAAGCCAAAGCUAAAGCUAAAGCUGUGGCUGAAGCGUCGCUUAAGUUAUUAAAACAACAACUUUGCACAUCUAUAUAUCUAUAGUAUAUAUACUACAUAACUCGCUACUUUGUGUGAGUGUGUAUCUGUGUGAGCAUCAGCAGCAGCAGCAGCAGCAGUGGGGAGCAGACCGAGUGGAGCGCUGACGGAUUUGUUAUUUUUUGCAUAAAUCAGUUUCGAGAGCGGGCGCGCGCGUACUUCGAGUUUGGGUUUCGGUUUCGGAUCCAAUCCGAUCAUCGCUGUUCUGUUCUAGAAUCUAGAUGAUGCCGCAUACACCGCAGCCGGCGGCAGGCGUGAGGCAGCUCCAGUUCGUUGCCUGAGUCUUUCGUAUCGCGGAAAUCAAAAUCCAAAUCGAUCUAUAAAUAAAGCCAAUCGAUGGCUCUGACCAACUUCUCACUGCCUUUCGGUGCCCUUGGCCAGCCCUGGGGCGUCACCCUGGCCCCUCUGCAUCCCAUUCAUCAGCUGGCCAGCAACACCAACAAUCUUCUGUACUCGCCAGCCGAUCAUCAGCAGCAGCAUCCCCCGCAGCAGCAGAGCCCCACAGAUCCCGAAUUCUUUAAGAACAAUCCCUAUGCCCCACCACAGCAGGUGCCCCAGCCACAGGGCGGAGCCGGAGGCGGAGGCUAUCAAUACCAGAGCAGACGCAAGCAGAACAAUGCCUAUCUGCCACCCACGGGACCGAGUGCGGCACACAACUCUGUCUACCACAUCCAGCAACAGCAGCAGCAGACACAACAGCAACAGCAGCAGCAGGAAGCCAACAACAACGAGAACAGCGUCUCCUACCAGAGCUCCUCCUCCUCCAGGUCGAACAGCGCCGGCCAAAGCACCAUUCAGCUGACGCAGACCCACCAUUCGACUGGCAGAGGCCCUGGCGAGGGCUCGUACAGCCGCUUUCCGGGCCAGCAGAAGCAGUUCUUCAAUGCCCAUGGCAGUGCCAGUGCUACAUUCAGCAAGAACAGCGGCAGCUUCAGUAUUACCAGCUACGGGAGCAGGCAGCAGCCGCAGCCCCAGCCGCAGCCCCAGCCCCAGGCGCCACUGCCACAGCCACAGCCGCUCCCAGCACCUCCCCCGCCCGCUCCCCAGACGCAGCAGCAGCCACGGCCCAGACAGUCGAAGCCCGAGGCUCAGCCCGCCUCCACCUACGGCGUGGCACCACCCGAAAAUUAUCCGGAAAGAGCUCCCGGCUUUACGAGGGUCCAAGCGGGGCAGGGCUCCCGCACUCAGGUGCAUGCCGUUCUCGACUACGAUGUGGAGGAGGGCGAUGAGGAGGAUGAGGAUGAAGACGACGACGGGCAGUACUACGAGGGGCAGGGGCAGGAAAGGGAAAAAACGAAUAACAAUCAGAUGCCCACUGUGACACCCAUCCAGGGUCCGAUCUUUCUGAAGAACGGCACGGUGCCGGUGGUGCCGCUGUUCUCCUAUCCAAAGCUCAACAAUGGAUCGUUCCUACAGAUUCCGAUCUGGUGGACGGCCUUGUCUGUAGCUCUGGGUCUGGAUGUGAGGGGCGAUGUGAUCAAGGGAGUGCCAUGCAUCAAGCGAUAUCAUCAGCUGUUCUGCCCCACAGCCGGCAACAGCUAUCCCAUCGACAAGAUCGAACGUUUCAUAGAUGACAACAAGGCACUGAUGCGUCGAAUGUAUGGAGACUUUGAGAUGAAUAUGGAAGGACCUGCAGGAGGAGGAAGUGGCGCAGGAGGAGGAGGACGCAACCAGCAGGCAAAAGUGCGGAAAAGGCGAUUCAUAGACGAACCGGAUAUAUUCAUUCCACCAGGUGCCUAUGCGGCCAAUGCCGGGGAGGCCGUAGAGGCGGGCGACAGCUAUUUUGGAGAGCUACGCAAGAAGCGUCAAGCGGCAGCCGGUGGCAGUCGCAACAGAGGAGGAGCAGGAGGAGGCGCCAGCAGUGGUGGUUCCGCUGCUGGAAGCAAUGCCAACAGGACACCUGGUGGGAAUGGGGGGGGCCAGGCGAAUUCGGGUACGGGCAGACUCGAUGCCUGCGAAUCGAAGAUCGAGAUCGUGACACCCUAUUGGGCAUCGAACUCGGCGGGCAAGAUCAGGGCCAUUGUCAAUACACAGCACUUUGAGCAGGCCAUCCACCAGGAGGUGUGUAGCAAUACUCAAACACCGCGCUGCGAGGGAGAAUGCGGAUGCGAGCAAAAGUACAAAUGGCAUCGACUGCUCGCCUACGAUCCCGACAACGAUUGCAAGGGUAUCUUUAUGGAUUGGUUCCUGUUUCCUUCGUGCUGUGUCUGUAGAUGUAAUCCUUAGAUUCCUCCCUCCCGAGUCCCAUGUCUGAGCAAAUUAUAGAAUGAAAAUGAGUGUAAUCGUAGGUAGAAUGCCACUGAAUGUAUUUUAGUUGUUGUUAAGUAGAUCUUAUAUGUACGAUAUAUCCACUAUUUGGUAGCUCUCUAGUUAAGCAUCGAUUCUAUGUAGUUAAGGUUUUAUACGAGCCAUAUAUUUACCCCUAACCUGUAUCCUGUAUCCUGUAUCCUGUAUCCUCCCCUCCAUUUACUCGUAAACGCACAUUCGAUAUAACUCAAACUCCAUUUGUUGUUGUACUGUAAUCGUAAUUGUAAUCGUAAAAUGAAUCAAGCGAAUAAAGUCUAUUAUAUUCAAAUAUCAA